CCGAGGGCACCGAAGCCGACGGCCUGCUGGCCCAGUACAACGCCGAGUUCUCCCAUCUGCACCCGUUCGCCAUCCCACCGCUGCAUCUCGGCUCGGCCCAGCUGCGGCACCAGCGGCCCUUUCUCUGGAAGGCUCUCAUGGUGGCCGCGUGCCACCUGCACGGCAAGCGCCAGGUGGUCAUGGCCGACGAUCUACUACGCGAGAUUGUCGCGGCCGCCUUCAUCACGCCGCUGAAGAGCCUCGACGUCCUGCAGGGCCUGCAGUUGCUGAUAGCCUGGUACCACUACAACCUCCGCAGCGUCCAGAUGGCCAACCUGUUGUUCCUCAUGCGGUCCAUGUGCACCAACCUCGGCAUUGGCGAGCUGCUGCUGCAGUUCCCGGCCGAGCUCAGCGGCGCCCCCGCCGCCCAUCCCCCUGACUAUCUGGAGCUGAUGCGCGCGUAUGCGGGCACCUUUUACCAAGUGGCCUUAACAUACAACACCGGCAACAAGCAUGACGCCCUGAUGGACCCGUCGCUCCUGGCCAACUGCUGCCGCACCAUCGAGAGCCGCAUGGAGUACGCCUCUGACGGCCUCCUAGUCGCCCUCGUACGCCAGCAGCAGUUGUCCCAGACAAUCUCCCAGACCCUGGGGUACCGCGCCAGCGCCGGCGAAGGCCUGCCGCUGGCCAUGCUCGUCGCGAGCUUCCAGCAGCAGCUGCAGGCGUUCAAAGCGUCGCUGGCGCCGCACGUGCGGGAGAACCCGUCGCUCGCCGGACACAUGUACACGUCAGAAAUCAUCCUAUUUGAAAAGCUCGGACUAGAGCCAGCCACAACUACAACCACAACCAAAACCGCCGCCGGCGUCCCGGACGUGCAGCGCAUCGAACUGCUCUGGCAGUGCCUGCACGCCGUCAAGGCGUACCUCGACCACCGCUACGCGCAGCCGGCGGGCGCAACCCCGCCGCGCUUCAUCUGCAUGACGUCGUUCGACUUCGUCUACGCCUUCGUCACCGCCACGCGCCUCAUGACCUGCCACGCUCCCGGCUGGGACCCCGCGCGCGUGCGCAGUUUGCUAGCCUUUGACGCGUAUUUCGAGCGCCAGCUCGCUGAGAUGAUGUACAUUUCCCAGAUGCGGCGGCAGGUACGGCGACGGCGGCGGCCAAAGGGGAAGAGCAGGGGCGGUGGUGAGGGAGAUGUGGGAGAUGGCGAGGAUGUCGAUAUCGGAAACGAAGAUGACGAUGAGGAUGAGGAGAAUACGGUUGAGGAGAAUGAUCCUUACGACAGGCUGAUGAAAAAAGCAGCCAGCCUGUUCACGGCGGUGGUGAGUGAACGGUGAAAGCAAACAAGCCACAGCCUGAGCCAGUGGCCAUGGGCUGUUGUUUUGCUGCCCCUUCCCCUUUUUUAUUUCCCCCUUCCUCUCUCCACCUUUUCUCUUUCCCCCUUUUCUCCCUCGUCCCCCCCCC